ACAAAACGUUUCGAAUAAACAAAUUAUCUUGUCAUUAUUAUACUCAUUUCGUUAAUUCUUUUAGUUCUAUCUAUCUCAAACAUGAAUCGAUGAUCAUUUUAAAAAAAUCUUACAUUUGUGACAACACAAACAAAAUCAUUGAUUUCUUUCAAAAAUCGUAAUCACUUUUUUCUCGCACAUUUGUCGCAUAUCCAAGUGACGGCAUUGAAAAUGAACUUCAAGCUUCGCAAAUAGCAAACCGAUUUUCUGAGUGAAAAGCCAUAUACAUAACAAAUAAAUUUUCCCACCACUUGUGAAACAAAAUCUAUUGGAAAUCAUACAGUAAAAGGAAUUGCAAUGUAAACAAGAUGCUUUGCAUCGCUUGUCAAAUGCGCGUCAAUGAAAUAUAUAUUUUUCAAUAAAUUUCCGUCCGCCGUCCGACGAAAGCUAACGAAAAAAUAAAUAAAUAAAACAGUUUAGACGAAAAAGUCAUAAAAAUGCACUAAUAAUCGUUUAAAUGCCAUGUGCCACACAUAGGUAAUCAUAAAUUUAAUGCGAUUUUAUUCCUCUGUCGUUUGCUCUUUGGUGCUGUGAUAUCUUCAAGAAAGAAAAAAAAACGUUUUCGUUCAUGUGAAAUAUGAACCAUUUUUAAAACGAUCAAAAUAAAGAAGCUUAGAAAAAGCGUUUCGCUUCUUAUUUCUCAGAAAAUAUGUAACGAUUUUGGUGCAGUGUGCGUUGUGAACAUUUUGUUUGAAGAAGAACACAAAUUGAGCAUUGUAAAAAACGAAAGGAGCAAAAAAAAAAAUAAGUAGAAAACACAUCAAAAUUAAAUCACAAGCGACAUGAAGUUUUGUGUGACAAAAAGUUUCAUGCUGCAGUUAAAAUGUUUGACCAAAUGGUCAUAAUCAUGACUAGCUGGUUUGCUUACAGCAUGCCUUUGUUAUUUGUUCCAUGAAGAAAUGCGACCACAUUUGGGAGAAAUAAAAACAACCAUUCCAAUUUUACAAGUUUGGCCAAACAAUCCACCGGGGAGCACUUUGUUUUUAUUCGAUUUUAUCACAUUUUUCACUGUUCAAGUUACACCUUUUUAAUGUGCAGUGCGUUUUACUCUUGCCAAAAAAUUUUUGUCGUAGACAAACAUAACAAAAACUCAACAAAAACAACACACUUGUGGAUAAUUUGUUUUUUUCUUUCAAAAAACCAAAAAGAAACAAUCAAUAAAAAUUCAAAAACCAUUUUUGUGAAGUGUUUGGUGUGAAAACCAUCGUAUCCAUGUCAUGAAAUGUUGAAUGUCAAACAGUGUUGAUGACGCAUAAAAUAAAUUGAACACAAACAGCAUUUUGGAAAAAAGAUGGCAAACAUGUUAAACCAUAACGAUCCAUCACUAUUUACAAAAUCGCCGAAAAUUCAUCGGCGUAAAAUCGAUUUUACUGACAAAGAGUAUCAGCCAAGUGUGAUAGAUAGAGCUCGACUGACAUUGUUUAAUUUAACUGACAUAUGGAAAUCGAAAAUUGAUUCAAACAAAGUGAAUAAAUCGUAUGACCCACCAAACGCAGCAAAUCGUAAAGCGCUCGAUGUGCUAACGGUUUGGACGCGACAUCGUCGAUCGCCAUCUGCCGAACCGACCUAUUCCACAAAAUCUCAUAAACGAAGUUUAUUCAUUGAAAAUGACAAUGAUGAAUGCUAUUGGCACAUCGAUAACAAAUCGUAUGCGGCCAAAAUUCCAAAUGGAAAAAAUAAAUCAAAGUGUCAUGAUACAGCCGAUAAAGUGAAAUCAAAGCAAAAAUUAAACAAAGAAUCAAAAUUGCAUGGUCACCGACGAUCUUAUGAUGGUGACUUGAAUCAACUGGUAUAUGAUGUAAAAAAUGAUGUGCAAUUACCGAAACUACGGCAUCGACGCGGAUCGUGGGGAAAUUUAGCGUUCGAGUAUCAAUGUUAUGCCAACAAAAUGCAUACAAAUGAUCGGAAACGGGAAAAAUUAAUUGAAAAUGAUCAAAAUCAUGGAAAGAGACGAUUGAAGUUUAAAAAAAAUAAGACAUGCGACGAUCUUUAUGCCAAUGAAAUUAAUAAAGAGAAACCAAUUAAAGUUUUAAAACGGCAAACAUCUGUUUUGCCAAUUAUCACAAUAAACGAUUGUGGUGACGGUGAUACGAACAAAUUGAAGGGCGACGAAAAACAAAGUGAUGCAUCAAAGGAUGUAACGAUAAAACCAAAGAAAAAACUUUCAUUCCGCGAACCAGUCAUUUUUAAUGAAAAACUUAAAGAAUUACGCUCAAGACAUGCGCCGAAAAAUAAAAGCAGCUCAGAAGAUGAUGAGAAUGUUAACGUCUCAAAUGAAAUAAUGGAUGACAGUCAAGUACCGUUUGAGUCACAGGCCAUGCGCAUCGUUCGAACCAUUGGACAGGCGUUUGAAGUGUGUCACAAAUUUAGUCUUCAGAAAAAUUCCAUGGUAAAUGCAGACGAUCAGUCGGAAUCUCAAUUGUCGGAUCGAUACUCGGCUGAACACAUCAGUGACGAGGAUGAACCCAAGAAAGAUCCAAUUCCGGUCACACCUGAACCAACACUGAAGCGGCCAACACAUUUGGAUUUGAUGCCAGUUUCGAAUUUCACUCCGAAAAAAUCACCGAACGAGACUAAUGACGAUAAAUCACCGAGUGUACCAUUAUCAACGACAUCGGAAAUUCAACACUUACGCGAUCAAUUAGAACAACAGGCAUUACAAACACGUGAGGCUCUAUUCCAACUGAUGCAAGUUCGUGAGCAAUUGAUCAGCGAAACGAAUGCACGUAUCGAAGCACAGGCAAGAACGCAACAGCUAUUGCAACAAAAUCGCGAAUUGGUGGAACAUUUGGCUUCACUGGGUGGAUACACAUACACGGAAAAUGAACGAGCUGGACUAACAUCGGCAAACAUUAGUUUGGCACCACAGUUAUCUUCGACUGCAAAGGUAGCACGUUGGUUUCAGCAAUUGAAUUCAAACCCAACAACCUCAUUAUCGCGUCCAGAAAGUGGCUUUGUUUCAGGUGAUUCACGCUCCGAACGUAAUCCGGACGAUCAACAGCAACUACGUGAAACAGACGAAAUAUGCGAUGAGUAUCUAUUAGUUGAAGGCACAAGCAAUCUUUGGAGUAAAUUAAGUGCAAAGAAGCGUCGAAAACUAUUGGGACUACGUUUGGGAAAAGUGACUACAUUUUAGUUAAAUGAAGCGAGAUUAAAAAAAAUACAUUGAAUAUUAUUUAAAUGAGAACCACUGAACAUUUUCCAAUUGAAGCAACAUGAACAUGAACUAUGGUAGGAGGAAAUUUAGAAGCAAAUGUCAUGGAUGAACGUUAUUGCAAAAUUGUUUCAUUUCUUGUUAUUCACAAUAUAACAAGACUGCAAAACAAUUGUAUCGGGAUAAAUAUGGCGAAAUUUGAACGUAUUCAUUUCAUUUUAAUACGUUUUUAAUUCACAUCGAUAUGAGAAUUGAGCGCAUUGUAACAGUUGGAAUAAUGGUGUUUACAUUUUGUAUUAGUACAUUUGAUAAGUUUUUCAUUUUGUUUUUAGUUUCUCUCUAAAUGCUCGGAUGCAACACAACGACAUUUCUUUAGCGCGCGUAUUUUUUUAUUAUUUUCAAAAAUUUGAUUCAUUUCAUGUAAAGAUAAUUUGAAUUUUACAGUCAAACGUUUUGUUUUUUUUUUAUUACUAUUUUCGACCGCAACGAACAGUAAUUAGGCUAGAUUAAUUUCGAGAUUAAAGGAUUUGUAUUUUUAUACAUUGUACUAGGUAGAAUUAUUAGUAUUAAUUUAAAUAAUACAAUUGCAUUUGCGAAUUGCAUAUUCACAAAUAUAUUUUUACUGUUGGCCAACAUUUUUCGAACAAACGCCAUCGCAAAUCUAUGGUUUUUUUUAAGAGUCUACCAGUUUAUUUUUUAUACAUUAUGUAUGACGCAUACAGUAGACAGCAGUGUUUUGCAAGAUAUUUACGUUUAUUACGUAAAUCUGAAAUCAUUUUUUUUUUUUGAAAACGUUUAAUAUUUUUCAAUUUUUCGGCAGAAUAUUUUCGAAAUCGUAUAAAGGACUUCGAUUGCUUUUGAGAUUUUACAUGAAAAUGGACAGCGGCGAUAUUUGUGAUCGAUACUUUAUCGACUUCGAUUUUCGUUUCAUUUGGAAUUUUUCAGUAUAUUUUUUUAUAUGGUCCGGUCCAAACACUUUGUUUUGAAUGUUUUUGAUGCUUUUGUGCAAAAUCGAAUGACUUUUUUUUUUUAAUUUUAGUUUUAAUUUAUGGUUUCCUUUGUAGUAAUUUAAUCGUGUUUAUUUAGUUAUCAUAAUUAAUGAAUUGUAUUCAGGUUACGACGCAUAGCCGUAUCGCAAAUCAAUAUUUUUUUUUUGGUAAAAAUAAUCAUCGACAUUUUCUUGUCGUGAAGCGAAGAUUUAUUUACUGUCGGUUAAGUUAAAAAAAAGUGGAAAAAUGAAUAAAAAAAGAGUUGGAAACCGAAUAUAUGCCAUAGAAAUUCCCAAUUUGUAUGCGAUCACCCCUAUUUAUCAAUUUCUUAGUUUAAUUAAGUGAUCACUUUGAGAUUUAAAUCGUUUAUAUAUUUAUCGAACACAUUUGAUUCAAUUGCUUGCAUAUUUUUGCAGUUUAGAUAAUAACGUAUUCAGAGCAAAAAUGAUAUACUCCGAAUUGAAAUGCUCAAAUAAACCGAUUGUAACCGCAAAAAUAUGCAAAGGCCGUAAUUAUAUGUGCUCAAUAUGGAAAGUGUUAAUUUAAGUUGAAACCACUUACUUUUAUUCAGUUUGCAGUUUCAUACCAGUGCUACUCUUCCAAAAACUACACUAACGUAAUAGAUUUUGAACGAAACUAAAUGUUAGAAUUGAAUAUCAACAUUCCACACAAAAUUCACAAUUUUUUUUUUUUCAAUUUUGUUUUUCUUCACAAUCGAAUAUCGAAUGCGUAAUUUUCAAUGUUGCUCCAAGUGUUUGACGAAAAUAGUUCAAAACAUUUAAGAUUUAGCAUAGUAUUUUUGUAUUAGCUCAACAAAGCCAUUUUUUUCAUUGUGCUGCCGUUUUUUGGAAAUUAGAAU